CAACAAAAAGUGAUUCACUUUUCUUUACCUGAAGAGAAAAACAAAUUUGUUUUGCAAAGAUAAAACACAAAUAACAAAUUUCUCCCUAAUUUUUUAACAAAUUCAUUCGAAUUUAUACAUAUUUUUUAUUUCUUCUUCAUUUGUCCAUAAAAGUAAUCAAACUGGGUAACGAUAUGUCUGUCUCUGCAAUGGAAAAACACAUGUUCAAUCUAAAAUUUGCUGUAAAGGACUUGGAACGGCAAUCAAAACGAUGUGAGAAAGAGGAAAAACUCGAAAAGGCCAAAGCGAAAAAAGCCAUACAAAAAGGUAAUAUGGACGUAGCUCGAAUACAUGCUGAGAACGCAAUUCGUCAGAAGAAUCAAGCUGUGAACUACUUGCGGAUGUCUGCUCGAGUUGAUGCUGUUGCUAGUCGAGUGCAAUCGGCCUUGACAACUAGAAAAGUUACCAGCUCAAUGGCUGGGGUUGUUAAGGCUAUGGAUGCAGCUAUGAAGGGAAUGAACUUGGAGAAGAUAUCGAAUCUUAUGGAGAAAUUCGAAACUCAAUUUGAAGAUCUUGAUGUACAGAGCUCGGUGAUGGAGAACACAAUGUCUGACACGACAACUACAUCUGUUCCACAGGGUGAUGUGGAUAGUUUGUUGCAACAAGUCGCCGAUGAAGCUGGAUUGGAAUUGAACAUGGAGCUCCCAAGUGGACCGCAAAGCUCGACUGUUGGGGCAUCUACUCAAGUCUCACAGGAACAAGAUGAGCUUUCUCAACGUCUAGCCCGUCUUAGACAAACCGAAUAAUAAAACCUCUCCUCGUCGAGUCUCUUUUCACUCCCUUAUUGAUGUUUAUCCAUGUAUAUUAUUUGCUAAGAGAGAAUCCUUGAAGGAAAAACAAAACACAUUUAUAUUUUCUUUAUUUUCAUAAAUAUUAUUUUCACUUUAUUAUUUUUUAAUACUAAUACUUAGUCAUGUGGCUUAUAAAGAACGAACAAUAAAAAAUAAACAGAAACAAAAGAACUUCUUGUUCUGUUUUGGCUAAUUUUUAGUAGACACACUA